AUGUUUGCAUUUCACGGUGCAACUCAUGCGCAUUCUCAUGACGAUCACUCUUCUCAUGGUCAUUCCCAUGGCGAUACCGCUGCUGCUCACUCCCAUUCACACUCACAUCAUGGGCACAGUCACGGUGGAGCUAAUGCUAAUAUGCAAGGUGUUUUCUUGCAUGUGCUUGCUGAUACACUUGGAUCAGUGUUUGUAAUCAUAAGCACUCUGAUGAUCCAGUAUUUUGGAUGGAAAUGGGUUGACCCACUGUGUUCGCUGAUCCUCUCGAUGCUCAUCCUUGGCUCAGUGAUUCCGCUGCUGAAAGAAUCGAUGGCAAGUUUGAUGCAAAAUAUGCCACCUCAUCUGGAAGAAGAAUUUGAACAUAUCUUACAUGAGAUUAUGAGUAUCGAAGGUGUUUUAUCAUACUCAAAUGUGCAUCUCUGGCAGCUGAAAUCGGUUUUGAAUGUUGCAUCGCUUCAUAUUCAAGUAACCGAUGAUGCGAAUGACCAAAUUGUACGGCAGAAAGCGAUCAAAAUAUUAAAAUCCGCCAAUGUAUCACAGGCUUCUGUUCAAGUUGAAAAAGAAACAUUUUUCCAUCGAAUACGAGCCCUAUGUCCAACGUACAAAAUUCCGUCACGUGUAACAAGAGGAGUUUCAAUUGGUGGCAUUUCUUCAUCUUCUGCUGCAUGUGGCGGCGAUCAUUCUCAUCAUCAUCACGAUAAUAGCUGCUCUCAUUCACAUCCAUGGCCUCACGAAACUGGCCCAACUCAUGUUGCGGUAAUUAUCUUUUAUGUGUGCAACACAGUUAUACUUUUUGUUAUUUUUUUUUAUAGACCGAUCAGCUACUUUUUUUGUUUUGUUAAUGAAAAUUAA